AUGGCGAAAACCUUCUCUUCCGUCAUCAAUCCCAAAAAUAUUUUAAAAUUCAGUGACGCAUUCUACAGUGAUGCCAAAAAUGUGUUGGCCCAAAAUGCCUGUUCUCGUGUCAGCCCAACAGAAGUGAGCACAUCAAGAAAUAGAGUACAGGAAUGCCAUCACUAUUACACGCACAAGAUUGAGUCUGAAGGCAAACCAGUAACUAACCAAAGAAGUUCCGGUCGCUGUUGGAUAUUUGCAUGUUUAAAUGUGAUCAGAGUUCCAUUCAUCAAACAAUUCAACUUAGAAGAAUUUGAGUUCAGCCAAGCUUAUAUAUUUUUUUGGGACAAGAUUGAAAGAAGCAAUUACUUUUUAAAUGCAAUUGUACAAACCGCUAAGCGUGGUGAAACUGUUGAUGAUAGAACCACUGCUUGUUUACUCACUAAACCUAUUGAAGAUGGAGGUCAGUGGGAUAUGUUGGUCAACAUCAUAACCAAGUAUGGGUUGAUGCCAAAGAAGAACUUCCCCGAGUCGUUUAGUUGCGAGACUAGUAAUACUGUUAAUGUUAUACUGAACAGCAAGCUUCGAGAAUAUGCCAUCAUUUUGCACAAACUUGUUAGCGAUAACGCUACUGACAAUGAGAUUAAAACCAAAAUUGAAGAACAAAUGGAAGUAAUUUAUCGAAUUGUUGGUAUUUGUAUGGGUAUACCACCAGCUACAUUUGAAUGGCAAUACUAUGACAAAUCUAAAGUGUUCAACACUGUUGGACCUAUCACUCCAUUGGAUUUCUAUUUGACACAUGUCCGCCCAGUGUUUGAUGUUGUAGAAAAGGUGUGUUUGAUUUCGGAUCCACGACCAAACAACCGGUACGGUAAAUUGUACACAUUGGACAUGUUAAAUAACAUGGCUGGUGGGCGAAAAGUUCUCUAUAACAACCAGCCAAUUGAAGUAUUAAUUAAGGCAGCUCAAGAAUCAAUUGUAAAUAAUGGUGAACCAGUAUGGUAUGGAUGUCAAGUGAGCAAAAGAUUUUCUGAUAAGCUUGGAUUGGAAGAUUUGAAAAUUCAUGAUUACCAGUUAGUCUUUGGAACUGAUGUAUCGAUCCCGAUGACUAAAGCUCAACGUAUGUUAUAUGGUGAAUCUGCCAUGACACAUGCAAUGGUACUAACUGGAGUCAACGUUGAAAAUGGUAAUGCAACCAAGUGGCGUGUUGAAAACUCUUGGGGUGAAGAACGUGGUGACAAAGGUUACUUGAUGAUGACCACAGAUUGGUUUAAAGAAUAUGUGUUUGAAGUGGUUGUAGACAAGAGUCUUUUAUCCGAAGAGGUGUUGUCUGUAUUCCAACAAGAACCUCAAGUACUUCCCAUUUGGGAUCCAAUGGGAACAUUAGCCUAA